UGCAGAAGUUAUCCUAAUAAUAUACUGAACGCGACAUUUGCUGAAUCCGGCAUGUCUUAUUCCAACCAUAAAUAAAUGCUUGUUUCACAUGCCAACGGCUCUUUUGGCCAGACCAAGGCCAGCAUAUGCCUUUGCUUAUAAAUGAUAUACCCCCCACCCCCCCUCUCUCUCUAGCCGUUGCUUGGCCCAUUCAAUCCCAACAAAAGCUUGUCAAUCACAAUUUUUCCUCCUCCACUUUCACUCUCAAGUCCCACAACUUUCUUAACCCAAAAACACCCACUUUUUCACAUCCAUAUAAAUUACUUCAUUUCCCUACCCAUAACUCAUGGAUUGCUUGGUAUUGCCUGUUUGCUUAUUGGGAAAGCGCAGCAUGGGAUCACGGCUAGGCUACCGGCGUCUAACGCGCGAGUUGGAGCCACAAGUGAGGGUGGUGGUAGGGAAAGAGAAACGAGAAUUUUGGGUGGACCCUUUGGUGUUAGAGGAGAGUCCGUUCCGGGUUUUGAUGGAAACAUUGAAGAAAGGGAAUGGCAGCCAUGCAACAAGGGAGAAGAAAAAGAAGGUGAUUUUCGUGGACGUGGAUGCUAUCUUGUUUGAGCACAUGCUGUGGUUGAUGAACAAUGAUUCUUCUUCUUUGUUUCAACUUGAUCUCCACGAUAUUAUUGACUUCUAUGCUCAAGAUUACUAGUACUUUGAUUUUGUUUUUGCUAAUUUUACCUCAUAUAUAACCUUUUCUAUUGUAAACACACACAAACCAUAACAGUACUGCAAAAUUUCUCUUCUUCUUCUUUA